ACCGACCUUUCAUUUCUGUGCUGAUCUAACAGGGAGAGGCAGCGGCUGGAUGAGAAUAAACAUAAACAGUGAGGAAUAAAUCUGGACUCGACGGAUCAUAUUUCCAUCUUCGUGAUUGCAAAGUGUGGGAAUGGGAAAUGAUGGAGGAUAAAGGGCCUCGUGUAGCCGACUACUUUGUGGUUGCCGGCCUCACCGAUUCGUCCAAGCCUCUGGAGGAGGACCUGCACUUUGAUGAUGCCGGCACCAAGUCUCUUAAACCCAAAGCCCCCAUCACCGACGUUACUGUGGUGAUACGCUCCCUCGGCGAGGAGGUGCCCCCGGGCUUCACCUGCGUGGAGAGCACCCCUUCAGGCCUCUCCGCUGAGCUGAACGGAGCCAGCCUCAGGGGCCCACAGAUCUUCUUGUGCUACAAGAGAGGGAGAGAUAAGCCUCCACUGACAGAUCUCGGAAUUCUGUACGAGUGGAAGGAGAAGCUGAAGCCUGGAUGCCACAUCGUCCAGACCACGCCCUCAGGUCGCCCCGCCAACAUCAGCGGCUCCUCCUCUCAGCGCAUCUACAUCACCUACCGCCGUGCGCCGAAGAGCCAGCCCCACACCUCCCUGGCUGUCACCGAUGUCUGCGUCAUCAUUCCUGGCAAGGGGGAGGUGCCCCCUCACACCUUCUGCAAGGUGGACAAGAACCUCAACAGCAGCAUGUGGGGGUCCUCGGUCUACCUUUGCUAUAAGAAGUCUCUAGCUAAAGCGAACACGAUCGCAUACAAAGCAGGUUUGCUUUGUAGGUACCCAGAGGAGGACUACGAGUCGUUCCCGCUGCCUGAGUCGGUGCCUAUGUUCUGCCUCCCCAUGGGGGCCAUGAUUGAGUGCUGGCCGGCUCACACCAAACACUCCCUGCCUGUUUUUUCUACGUUCGUCCUGACGGGAGCCUCCGGAGAAAAGGUGUAUGGAGCAGCUAUCCAGUUUUAUGAACCUUACCCCGAGGAGAACCUGUCGGAGCGUCAGCGCUCACAGCUCGGCCUGCCAAGCUCCGAUUUCGGACCUGAUGGGACCAGAAACGUUUACAACAACAAGAGCAUAUGCUUACUCUCCCAUUGGCCUUUCUUCCAGUCCUUCAGGAGCUUUCUCACAUUCCUCUACAGAUAUUCCAUUUCUGGACCGCAUGCAGUCCCAAUUGAAAAGCACAUCUCUCACUUCAUGCAAAAUGUUCCUUUUCCCUCCUGUCAGAGGCCACGCAUCCUCGUGCAGUUGUCUCCACAUGACAGCCUCAUACUGAGCCAACCUGUGUCCUCUCCGCUGCCUCUUAGCGGUGGGAGUCUCUCCACGUUACUACUGAACCUUGGCCCGAAAAACGCUGCCACUCUGCUUGUUUUGGCUGUCACAGAGCACAAGAUCCUGGUUCAUUCCCUGCGUCCGGCGGUGCUCACCAGUGUUACCGAAGCCCUCGUGUCUAUGAUUUUUCCCUUCCACUGGCCGUGCCCGUACAUCCCUYUGUGCCCGCUGGCCCUGGCAGACGUGCUCAGUGCGCCGUGCCCUUUUAUCGUGGGUUUGGACUCCAGAUACUUCGACCUCUAUGUGCCUCCAGCUGAUAUUAGCUGUGUCGAUYUGGACACCAACACUAUCUCGCAGAAAGAUGACAAGAAGGCUUUAACGUGGAAAAUCCUGCCCCGGAGAGCCUGUAAACAUCUUCUGAAUACCCUGAAUAAGCUCCAUCAGCAGCUCACCGAGGGCGGUCAGUUAAACCGCGAUGAUAUGCAGAUGGACCACACGAUGACAGACGGCGAGCUCUAUGGAGGAAAAAGCCUGCACACCCUGGAGCUGGAGAUCCAGGAGGCCUUUCUGCGGUUCAUGGCCGCCAUCCUACGAGGCUACCGCUCCUAUCUGCAGCCCAUCACCCAAGCCCCAUCUGAGAAGACGACUGACGUCGGCUCGCUUUUUGAUCUACAAGGCUUCGUGAAAAGCAGAGACCGCUCCCAUCAGAGGUUUUACUCCCUCAUGACCAAGACUCAGAUGUUCAGUCGCUUCAUAGAGGAGUGCUCCUUUGUUAGCGACAAAGAUGCCAGCCUUGCUUUCUUUGACGAAUGUGUCGAUAAGUUGUUCACUACUGGAAGCAAGACGGACAGUGAGCGGCCAGAGGACGCCAGGCUGAUCGAGCUGGACGAGUCCCAUCGCAGUGAGCACACGGUCUACGUCAACCCCCCAGAGCUGCCUCCUCUGCCUCAGGGAGAAGAGCAUCCACUGUGCUAUAGCUAUUCUGGGUUCCCUGUGCUGCGCUCUGAGCUCCUGGAGCCACUGGAAGGACCUAAUCCUCUGUCAACAGGGAUUGCUUCACGCCACAGCAGCCCAGCCAGUCCUACGGCCAUCUUUAGACGCUCUAAACAGGAGAUCAAAUCAGCUCAGAAGAUGGCCAAAACCUAUUCUUCCAUGCCUCAGAUGUGGUCCAAGUGUCUGCUUCGACACUGCUAUGGCUUGUGGUUCAUCUGCUUGCCAGCACUUGUCAGUAGCUGCCACUCCAAGGUGCGAGCUCUGCGCACAGCCUAUGAUGUGCUGAGGAAGAUGCAGGACAAGAAGCUGCAGGCGCCGGAUGAGGUGUGUUACCGUGUUCUGCUGCAGCUGUGUGGUCAGUACAGCCAGCCGGUCUUGGCUGUCAGGGUGUUGUUUGAGAUGAAGAAGGCAGGAGUUCAGCCCAAUGCAAUAACAUACGGCUGCUACAACAAGGCGGUGCUGGAGAGCACGUGGCCCUCCACCACCAGAGGAGGCUACUUCCUGUGGGGGAAACUGAGGAACGUGAUCCUCGGGGUUCUCCAGUUCAAGCAGGCAGGGAGGAAACAGCAGACUCCUCACAGAGACCCCCAACUCUCAGACGGCAGCGAUCUAGACACGGCCAGCCACGGCAGCUUGGACAGCGCUAAUGACUCCGCUGAGCGAACCUCCAUCGACACGGACUUCACCAAAAUGGACUCGAGCGAUGACGGAUUCAGUACAGGUGGACAGUCUGACCAAGGCUAUGACUCUUUAUCUAAAGAAGAGGAGAGGCUGUGCAGCAGAGAGACCGACACCUCGACACUGGGGGAAGACAAAGGCCUCAGGCAGCCCAACGCCGGCACCGGAGGCAUUUCCAGUCCGUUUAGUGACAAUCGUCCUCGUGCUGAGAGGCCCAAAUCUCUGGACCUGUGUGGUGAACAGGGAUGUGUGAGACUCGCCGUCCCUCUCCUCGGCUCAGCCAGGCAGAAUCAGCUCGGCGCUGACAGGCUGCACGGAGUGGAGGAGGAGGAUGCGGAGGCCGAGAAGCACAAAUCUCUGGCGGAGGACGGUGUGAGCUGCAGCGCUGAGACGCAGAGGACAGGGUUUGAUCCCUUGUCGGAGAUGGUGACGGUGACAGAGAGGGAGCGUGAGAGCGACAGCGACAUCUCGCCCUCCGCCAAGCGCAACCUCGUGGAGGAGAUUGAAACCUACAUAAACAACAGCAGCCCCCUGAGCAGCCGCACGCCCAGCAUGGACCUGCAGAACCCUUCGAGCCCCUUGUUUCGCUCCACCUCGUCUGCUCACGCGUCCCCGCAGUCCACCGCGCUGUCCCGCUCCAACACGCACCUCUCGCUCCCCGUCAGAUCCAAGGACAGACUCCGGCCAUCGCCGUCGCUCCCGCUGGGGAUGUGCAACAAAGACAGGGAGAGGCCUUCCUCCUUGAUUUCCCCGUCAUCGCCGACUCCCUCCUCCUCCUCCUCGUUCUCCAUGGACUCGCUGCUGACCCCAACUCUGGACAUCUUCAAGAGCAGCGUCAUAUCGGCAGGGAAGGGUGUGGCAGAGAAAGCGAGUCGCCUCUACUCCCGUUUGUCCUCCCAGACUUCAUUAACGCAGGAUGGAAACUGUGACAGAAUGAGCGUUUCCUCCCUGACCUCAGCAGAAGCCGAAUGCUCCUCGCUGCACGAUAACGACUCCUGUCUGGACCCGCACGGCUUCACUUCCCCUCAGCACGGCAGCGUGUCCCGGGUCAGGAGGAGCCCCGUCGGCGCUCACCAAGCGAACCUGAGCAGCCCGAGCAGCCCCAACAGAGUGUUCAGACACAACUCUUUCUCCGGUGGUUUGGCUCUUACGUCUCGAGCUMCCCACACUCCAGAUUCUUCUCCUGAUGUCAGCCGCUUCCAGCCCAGCCCUACUUACAGCGUAGAGGUGCUGAUGUCGAGCUGUUCGCUCUGUAAGACGUGUGACUGUCUGGUGUACGACGAAGAGAUCAUGGCAGGCUGGACAGCAAACGACUCCAACCUCAACAGCACCUGUCCUUUCUGUGGAACAGCUUUCCUGCCUUUCCUCAACGUGGAAAUCAAAGAUCUCAGACCGCAAAACAGGUUUUUGAAGACCAGUAAUCCUGUUAAAGAGGAGGACACGUCUGCCCCUCUCAGCCCCGAGGCUGGUGUGUCCGCGGCGGCCUGUGCAGCUCAGCCAUCUGCAGCUUCGCCGCAGAAGCAGGAGAGCAGCUGGAGCGCCGGCACGUCCGAUCCGGUGACGGUGCCCUACCUGAGCCCCCUGGUUUUGUGGAAGGAGCUGGAGAGCCUGCUGGUGAACGAGGGCGACCAGGCCAUCGCCUCCCCGAGCAUCGUCGACCAACACCCCAUCGUCUUCUGGAACCUCGUGUGGUUCUUCAGGCGGCUGGAGCUGCCGAGCAACCUGCCGGCUCUCAUCCUGGCCUCGCAACACUGCAGCCACAGAGACCAGCCUCUUCAGAGCGUUUCAUCAGAGGACAGCAAGCAGGUGCUGGUGAGGAUCAUGUGGGACAACCCAAAGCUGCACAAAGACAAACUUCAGCCCUGYUACAUCCUGUGGAACACACACUGUGCCAACUCUCUGAUCCGCUCGGGGCUCUGCGAGGAAGGCCAGCUCUUCACCGUGGAGCUGCUGCAGAGCUUCGUGAGGAGCAUCAAGAAAAGCGACGUGCAUCAGCCCAUGGGCCAGAUCAUCCAGCUGCUGGGGCCCGAGCUGGGCUUCAAGAGACAGAGGAGCCUCUACAGAGAUUUACUGUUUCUAACCCUCGUGGCUUUGGGGAGGAACAACAUAAAUAUCAAUGCUUUUGACCGGGAGUACAGGUUGGCCUACGACCGCCUCUCCUCCAGCCAAGUUAAACUGACACACAACUGUGACCGGCCCCCCGGAGCAGGGGUCAUGGAGUGCAGGAGGACAUUUGGAGAGCCCGGUUUGUGAACUUGUGCUGCCGGGAUGUUGGACUUCUCUUCAGACUCAGGACCGGCUCACUCAACCUGGACAUGAAACUCAUUUUAGUAGUAAGCACAAUGGGAAAAAAAAACUUCACCUAAAUGUGAAGCAACUGCCACGAGUUUCUUGUACUGUUAGAGCUGAGAGGUGUGAAGGGACGGGCCUAGAGUUUAUAAAUAUUCAAAAAAUCAACCAUAUUUUCAAUACAUAUGUAGUAAAAUGUUUGUACAGUUGUUAUACGGUCUAUUUGAUGCCUUUUUUCCUGUUGAAGCUGUGAAUACACGUUAAGAUGAGCCUAAAAUCACCAUGUUUGUGUUUUUUUGCUGGUCCUGGUGACCUUGUUCGGACUGUUUAAGUUUGUGUUUGAUAUUAAAUUGUGUUGAAGCAAUUUUUUAAGAAGCACUUUGACAGAAGGAGCACUUAGUUCUCAGUUACAUAACUCACUGGCUCAGCAGCCGAAGCUACAAAGUCCCCUUUUUAUUUAGUAUUUGCUGGAUUUAUUGUUGAGUCUGACAUUUUAAUUUAAUGAAACCAAAUCAGUUUCUGCUUAUGUGCACUCCGUAAUGCUGAAUUUCUCAUAUAUCUGAAUGCACUAAACCAGGAGGUAAUGUCACUGUAAUAUAUUUAUAUAUAAAACAAAUUGUUUCAACACUUAGUAAAUGCACAGUAUUUGUUCAUCCUUCAACAAAAUACCAAAACAGCCCUUUAAGGGUUAAUUACUUAUAUACUUACUGUUUCUAAAGCUUUUAAAAGGAAGGAAUUCAAUAAUUUAUUAAAAAUAUUCAACCACAAACAACAGCUUUGAAUAAAAACAGGAAGUUAAGAUAAAAAAACAUAA